AUGGAACACAUGAGAAAUAUCCCUUAUGGUUCAGCAGUAAGAAGUCUCAUGUAUGCUCAGGUUUGCACCAGGUCUGACAUAGCAUAUGUUGUUGGAGUAUUAGAGAGAUAUCAGAGUAAUUCAAGUGUUGACCACUGGAAAGCUGCAAAGAAAGUGAUAAGGUACCUUCAAGGUACGAAGGAUUUUAUGCUCAUGUAUAGACAAACUGAUGUCUUGGAAAUGAUUGGCUACUCCGAUUCGGACUACGUUGGCUGCAUUGACACUCAAAAAUCCACAUCGGGUUAUGUGUUCAUGUUGGCUGGUGGAGCUAUCUCUUGGAGAAGUACGAAGCAGUCUAUCACUGCUACUUCCACUAUGGAGGCUGAGUUUGUUUCAUGUUUCGAGGCUAGCUCGCAUGGUGUAUGGUUGAAGAGUUUCAUAUCCAAGCUUAGAGUCGUUGACUUUAUUUCUAGACCGAUCAAGUUGUACUGUGACAACUCUGUUGUGGUGUUUAUGGCUAAAAACAAUAAGAGUGGGAGUCGAAAACACAUCGACAUCAAGUAUUUAGCCUUAAGAGAACGUGUCAAGGAAAAUAAAGUGGUAAUUGAACACGUUAUUACAAAGUUGAUGCUUGCUGAUCCCUUGACUAAAGGCACGCCACUAAAGAAUUUCAGGGAUCACGUAACAAGUAUGAGACUUGAUUCUACAAUGUAG